AUUCAAAUCCGCUAUUAAACAUCCACCAAAAACCCUAAGCUCUUCAGCUGGAGUCGUCACUCAACCUCAGGGCCUCGACGAUGCAAGAUCCGGAACAUCGGUGGAUGUAUAUAGAAGGCAGUGGCUGGAGCUGCACCUGUCGCCUUGAUUCGAAACCUAGAAAUAUUAUUUAGAAUUUUUGUUUAAUAUAUUUAUAGUAAUUCCGAACCUAUAUAUUAACAGAAAAAGGGAAGUAAUCCUCUAGUAUUCUGCAUUCACUGGCCUGAAAUCCUGAAUCUAUCUUUGUGCAUGAAUUGUAACAAUGAUAACAAAUUAAGUUCUUUUGGGCCAGAGCAUUAUGUGAAAAAGGUCCCUAAGAGUAGCCACCAGGAAAUGAAGUUGACUAACGAGAGGUGGGUUUUUGUGGAUUUCGUAACUUCUCGGAAUUAGAAGUUAGUACUUUUACGCUAGGUCCUUGCUUUCUAAGAUUGGUUUAUUCUUUUAAAGAUUUAUAUGUUUAGAAAAUAUAAAGAAAUUCUAAUACUUUUUAUUUGUAUUUGCCAAAUAUUAGCAUGAUAUGAGUUUAAAUGGAGUAAUGUGGUCAGUGAGGAUUCAUACAGCCGACCUCAACUUGUUUGGGAUUGAGACAUAUUUGUUGUUCUAACUCAAGGCUACCUCAAACCAUCAUAGUCCCACCAUGAUUGAAGGAGGUCAUAGAUUCUACCUUUUUCCUUUGAUAGGCUUCUUACCAUCAGCCACAUGUUAAGGGAAACCCAUCAAGAUGCUAUGAAUGAAUGGUUUGAGAUCCUUGGCGCAUAUCAGCACCCAUUGUCACCUUCUUCAAGAUCGUGUGUUUUUGUUUUGGAUUAAUGGGUCAUAGUGGUUGUUCAACAAUGGCAUAUUGGUAUCUGUAUGUCAUAUGUAUAGCUUCAGCCAUUUGUUGGAUUUCAUUUUAUUUUUCCGUCAUUUGUUUGUUUUGGUAUCCUAUUUCGUACAGCAACAACAACUAGGAUUCAGUUCCAAGCGAGUUAGGGUCCAUGUCGCUCUAUUUAAGCUUCGGUAUCUUACUUAAUAUAGCAAUACAAAUGUGUCUUGAUGCUCAUUUCAUUUAAAAGCUUCCUAACAAAAUAGCUUAUUUCCGCUGCCAAACCAGAUGAUCAUUGAAUAGAAUGGAUUUGGAGGUGAUUACAAUAAAAUUUCUCUGCUUUAACCUUAAAUAAUCGAAGUCUUAAUGCAAGCAAAGGAAGUGUCAGGUGUUAUAUUUAAGCGCUCCCCCUUAUUAUUGAAGUCUCUUGUUUGCCAUUUUUAUGUUGAUGUCUUUCAUGUCAGUGGCAUUUUACUAGCAAUAAAGAUGGUAUGAACCCGAAUCAUUUCAGAUGCUGGCAAGUAUCAGCAGUCAGCAAACACUACUACUGAUGACCUGCUUCAUAUGCGUUUUGCUUUUGGACUAAGUGGAGAGAGUUGGACUCACCAUGGAUGUAUCAUUAAUUCAAUAUCUUUAUCUAAGAUAUUGUAUGUCUUCAUUCAUUUUUUGUAUUUUGAUUUGAUUCGUUGGCCAUCUUUCCUCUAUCUCAUUUAUUCUUGCGUUAACGAUUUUGUGCUUGAUAUUAGACCUGUGUUCUCCCUUUGUCCCCCUGCUAUACAUAAAGUUUGUAGUAAUUUUUCACUGUUAGAUGCAAUCAAGGCAAAAAAUGUCACAUCCCCAGAUACGGAAGCAGAUCCUCUUCCUAAUGUUGGAAGAGUUGCAUUUUCCAAAAAAUAUCAGACAGCUCGCAACCCUAGAUCUGAUAUGCCCAAAACUUCAGAAUAUGCUUUCUUCAAGAAGUUGAAAAAGGAUGUUGGCCAUAGUAAUUCGGAUCUUCUCCACAGAAGGAGUAAACUAUCAAAGAAUAGUACCUCAGACACAACGAGCACACACAACGUGCUGAAGUGUCCAAAUAAGGACCUUAAAAUCCCAAUUCAAGUAGAAAAGGAAUAUCAGACUAAUGAACGCCAGUCCUUUUCACCUGUUGAUGGUGUCAUAGGUAUAUCCAAGGAGGCAAAACUUAAGUCCUUUUCACUCCCAACUGCAGUGACUCCUGUAGAUUCAAAUUUGCGGCUGUCACCCCUUGCAGGGAGCCAGUACUCUGGUAAUGGAUUUUUUGCUGCAAAGAGACAGAAACUACGUCAGCAGGCAAAUGCACUGUUUCUUGAUGUCAAAAAACUCAAUUCUGAAAGGUUUGAUUUGGUUUCUGCACUUCUCAGCCGGCUGUUCCCUGGAAGGAAGGAGGGUGAAGGUUUCUGGGAUUCAAAGGUCAGGAAAGGGGAAAAUUCAAGUACUACCUCACUUGUACAUGCUAAGCCAGAUCAUGCGCGACCUCAUUCAAAACACAAAGAAGAUGUUACAGUACCAGAAUAUAGGAUGAGCCAGACUGAUGGCUGCCUCACUAAUUUCUUUUGUAGGCCAAAGGAGAGAGUUCCCCUAGAAUGGGAUAACUUCAAUUCUGCCUUUCAUCUCAUCGACUAUGACGCAGAAACUGGUUUGCUCUGUGAAGAUGUAGAUAAUAGUCAAAUUUCAAACAACAAAAGUAUAAGUUUGUGGGAUCAGAGUGAUUCAUUGCCUUCAUUAUCCUUUGACCAGCAUGGGUUUGCAAAUCAUCUCCUACUGGAUAGACUUCAUAGUGCAAAUAUACCUGUAAGCAGAGAAGCACAAAACUUAUUCUUAGAUUGGGAUUUCAAUGAGGAGAAAAAUGAUCCCGCAUUAGCCAUAACUACUAGCGGAGGGAAUAAACUGUGUUCACCAAUAUCCACCUUACCGCAUGUUGAUUACCAGCGGAGUACAGAAAAGAAGCUUGAUGUGCUGGCACUGUCAUCUUUAUAUACAAACUCUGCAUACUUUGAUGCACUGCCAUAUUUUCAUUCAAACAGUUUUCAGCAGAAACUCUUUCCUACCAAAUUUUGCUCCAGGGAUUUUGGAACGAUUCUUGAACACGAGGAGUGUGCAGUUGCAAGAUUGGACCAGUUUGACCUACCCUUGUUAUGCAACUCAGAAGAUUUUAAUUCUCUGGAAGAUCAUAAUCCUGAUUUUGGAACAAUUCUUGAACAUGAGGAAUGUGGAGUUGCAAGAUUGGACCACUGUGACCAACCCUUGUUAUGUUACUCAGAGGAUCUCACUUCUCUGGAAGAUUGUAAUCCUGAGAAUGCAUUUGAAAGUGGCAAUGUUAUUGUCCCUUAUCUUGGUCAUCUUGAGAAGAAUCAUUGUGAUUCUGAUGAACUCUUGCCAAUUGCCUUGGAUACAUUCAGCUGGAAUUUCCUGUCAGCAACCAGUUCCCCGUUGCAGAGGGGUUUAUCUGCUUAUCAUACUUUAAGACUACCUCACAGAAAAGAUACAGUUGGUCUAACAAAUGAGGAGAUCAAAUACAACUUGUAUGGUUUAAACCCAAGAGAAACUGCUCCUCAAUCAUUUGAACAGUCAUUCAACUCUCAUAUCUGGUACUCUCGCAACUCUGAAGUAUCUUGUGACAAAGCAAGUGGUGGAUCUCUAUUACUUGAAAAUUCAAGCUGGGUUACAUCUGUUGAAGAAAUUUCUCCUGAUCAUUCUGAUGAAUGGACAUUGAGCUGAAGAUUCACAUAUAGUUUUGACGGGUCCUAUACUCAUAUUAAAUAAUCAUAGUGUUGCCUCCUAUUCCAUUAAAGAAUGGAAUUCCGCCAAGAAAACAUCUUUCAUUUCUGGGUGUUUCUUACACUAGUGUGACAGUGAUCUACUAUGUGUAAAUCACCCUUUCUGGAAGCAUUCAACAGACUAAGGUAUGUAUCAGGGCCUAUAGUAAUACAUUGUUUUUUGAGAUUGCAAGUAGAAAAAUAGUGUAGUUCUGGUAUUUUGCUAUCCUUAGUUUCACUUACUAUGUAAACAAACGUCUCAUUAGGUAUUUAGUAUUCGCUGA